GUCUUCUGCUUAAUAUCGGAUGCUUUAAGUAAUCGCUAAAGUAAUUUCCAAGUUGCAGCAAAUUAAUACGUUACCUGGUUAAUUUUGUUCGUCGGGGAUUGCCAGUCGCCUCAAUAAAAUUAGGCUGCGGAGUAAUAUAAUGUGUAUAAGAAUAUCACUUAAAUAAAUAUAUGCUUUUAUAAAAUUAAGAUAGUUUCAUAAAAUGUAAUUUUAAUUCAUGUGUUUAAUUUCCACUUAUAAAUCAGCAUGCUUCUAUAAGCUUAAUAAAGUUUGUCGUGUGUUUAUGUGAUUAGUAAACGUACGGUGGAUGUUGAAACGGAAAUUUAUACUUCUAAGGCAACAUUAAAGCAUUAUAUGCAACUCCCAUCUCCAUUGUUCUAAAUGUUAAUUUAUUGUCUGAUUUUGACCUUUCUAUUGCUUUUUCAGGAAGAUUAAUUAAGAAUUUAAGAGGAACUAAAUAAAGUGGUGCAAAAAGCAUGAAGCAUCGAGCAAAACCGCAAAUCAUGAGUGAAAGGAGGAAGAUUUUAUAAAAUUUACGAUGCAAGAGCGUUUUUAACGCAUAUUUUUACAUCAAAUUUUUAAUUAUAAAAAGUUAUUGUGUAAAAUAAUAUUUUAGUUUUUAAAUUUAAAAUAAAGAAUUAAUUUAAUUUUCUAAAUACAAAGAGAGAGAGAGAGAGAGAGAGAGAGAGAAACCCUUAAAGUUACAACUACCACAUUCACUUUUACAAGAUUUCACCUGACCUUUUUCUAAGUUCCUCUCCCAUUGGCUAUAAAUAACACUUCAUUUCAACUUCACCCUGCAUACCAGCUUGUGUACAUAAAAAGGCAAGUCUUCAAGCGAUGGCCAUCUUCAAGACUCUACUGUUUGUCAUUCUUCCUUUAGCCUUUGUUCUCCAUCUUGUUCAAUCCAAUCCAGUGCUCAUCAAAGACGUCGUAGAAAUUCCUCCUCUCCAGAAAAUAGAUUGUGAUGCAGCUUGUGCUGCGAGGUGUCAAUUGUCAUCGAGGCCACACCUGUGCAAGAGGGCAUGCGGUACCUGCUGUGUCCGAUGUGACUGUGUUCCACCGGGAACUUCCGGCAACUACGACGUAUGUCCCUGCUACGCCAACAUGACAACCCACGGAGGCAGACAUAAGUGCCCCUGAACAACAGACUUGUUUAUUUGACAUUCGACGAUAAAAAAUAAAAUUAUGGAAAUGAAUUAAAUGCUAUUAUUGUAAAGAUUCUUUUUUUUUUGUCUUUCUGAAAUUGUUAUUGGAGUUCAGAGUUGAUGAAUAAAUUUGUGCGUUUCAAUUU